AUUACCUCCUCCAGCCGCCGCAGAACAUGAGCUCCCAGCUCUGCGAGAGGACGCAUGACGAGACACAUGGUUCCACUCCGCUUUCUGGUCUUCUGCUGACCCAAACUGCUGUUGUUUACUGAAAAAAACAUCCCCUCUGCUCCCGGUUUUGGCUCCUUUUUUUCCCUUUUGGAUGCGCCAUGCAAUCUCGUUGGUGGAGUUGUGGCAUCCGGCUGGCGGCAUGGAUAUGGAUUUGGAGUGUGGCGUUGCUUGGAGCGUGGUGCAUCCCCGCAAACGAAGUGAACCUGCUGGACUCUCGCUCUGUGAUGGGAGAUCUAGGAUGGGUGGCCUACCCAAAGAAUGGGUGGGAGGAGAUCGGAGAAGUUGACGAGGACUACGCCCCCAUCCACACCUACCAAGUGUGCCGCGUGAUGGAGCAGAACCAGAACAACUGGCUCCACACCAACUGGAUCCUGACCGAGGGCGCCCAGCGGGUCUUCAUCGAGCUCAAGUUCACCCUGAGAGACUGCAACAGCCUGCCCGGCGGGGUGGGGACCUGCAAGGAGACCUUUAACAUGUACUACUACGAAACGAACGGGGACGAGGAUGAAAUGGAGGACGGGGAGAUGAGAGACGGUGUCGGGAUCACGGAAGAGGAAGACCGGGCGAUGAAGGAGAGCAGAUACAUCAAAAUCGACACCAUAGCGGCCGACGAGAGCUUCACCGAGCUGGACCUGGGGGACCGCGUCAUGAAGCUGAACACUGAAGUCCGCGAUUUAGGUCCUCUGAACAGGAAAGGCUUCUACUUGGCAUUUCAGGAUUUAGGGGCCUGCAUCGCUUUAGUGUCGGUGAGGGUUUUCUACAAGCGCUGCCCGUUCUUGGUGAAGAGUUUGGCUGAGUUCCCUGACACCAUCCCGGGAUCGGAGGCCUCACAGCUGGUGGAAGUGGUGGGUCGCUGCGUCAAUAACUCCCUGCCUUUAUACGAGCCUCCACGGAUGCACUGCAGCACUGAGGGAGAGUGGCUGGUGCCCAUUGGGAAGUGUGUUUGCCAGCCGGGAUUUGAGGAAAUCAACAGAUCCUGUCAAGUCUGUAAAGUGGGGUUUUACCGCUCGCUGCUGGAGUCUCUGGCCUGCAGUAAAUGUCCACCUCACAGCGUGGCCCGGCAGACGGGGGCCACCGUUUGCAGCUGUGAAGAUGGAUACUAUAAGAUAGACUCUGACCCUCCUAAUAUGGCCUGCACACGUCCUCCGUCUGGUCCACGUAAUGCUAUUUCCAAUGUCAACGAGACCAGCGUCUUCCUGGAGUGGUCCAUCCCCAUGGAGACGGGCGGCAGGAAGGACGUGCGCUACAACAUCCUGUGCAGACGGGUUUUGCCGGACGGACGGGGAUUGGAGGAGUGCGGACCCAACGUGCGUUUUCUGCCUCGCCGCGUCGGCCUGUCAAACCCUUCGGUGAUGGUGGCCGACCUGCAGUCACACACCAACUACAGCUUCCUCCUGGAGGCCGUCAACGGCGUGUCAGAACUGGCGAAGGACCAUGCCAAGCAGUAUGUGUCGCUAAAUGUGACAACCAAUCAGGCAGCUCCUUCCCCAGUGAGUGUGGUGAGAAAAGGUCACACGGGGAAGAGCAGCAUCGCUCUAUCGUGGGCCGAGCCGGAUCGCCCCAACGGCAUCAUCCUCGAGUACGAGAUCAAGUAUUUUGAAAAGGAGCAGGACUCUAGUUACACCAUCAUAAAAUCCAAGGACACAGAGAUGGUGGUGGAAGGUCUGAAACCCUCUUCGGUCUACAUCUUCCAGGUACGAGCCCGGACCUCGGCAGGCUACGGUGCUUUCAGCCGACGCUUUGAAUUCCAGACCAGCCCUUACCUAACCGCCACCAGCGAGCGUGCUCAGGCUUCCAUCGUGGCCGUGGCCAUCACGCUGGCGCUGGUCCUGCUGGCAGUGGUGGCUGGAUUCCUGCUCAGCGGACGGCGGUGUGGCUACAGCAAAGCAAAGCAGGAUCCUGAAGAGGAAAAGAUGCAUUUUCACAAUGGUCACAUAAAGUUCCCGGGAGUCCGCACCUACAUCGACCCCCUCACCUACGAAGAUCCCAACCAGGCAGUGCAUGAAUUUACCCAAGAGAUCGACGUUUCCUUCAUCUCCAUCGAACGGAUCAUCGGUGCUGGGGAGUUUGGUGAGGUGUGCAGUGGACCGCUGAGGCUGCCUGGGAAAAGAGAGAUCCAGGUUGCCAUUAAGACCUUGAAAGCCGGUUACACAGAGCAGCAGAGACGUGACUUUCUGUGGGAGGCAUCAAUCAUGGGCCAGUUUAACCAUCCGAACAUCAUCCGUCUGGAGGGCGUGGUCACCAAGAGCAAGCCUGUGAUGAUCAUCACUGAAUACAUGGAGAACGGAUCACUGGACACCUUCCUCAAGAAAAAUGAUGGUCAGUUUACUGUCAUCCAGCUGGUUGGGAUGCUGCGUGGCAUUGCUUCUGGCAUGAGAUACCUCUCCGACAUGGGCUACGUCCACCGUGAUCUAGCAGCUCGUAAUAUCCUCGUCAACAGUAACCUCGUGUGUAAAGUUUCCGAUUUUGGUCUGUCACGGGUUUUGGAAGAUGAUCCAGAGGCUGCGUACACAACACGGGGAGGGAAGAUUCCUAUUCGCUGGACGGCUCCGGAGGCGAUUGCAUACAGAAAGUUCACCUCAGCUAGCGACGUGUGGAGCUACGGGAUCGUUAUGUGGGAGGUGAUGUCAUACGGAGAGAGGCCCUACUGGGAGAUGUCCAAUCAGGACGUAAUAAAAGCAGUGGAGGAGAGCUAUCGGUUGCCAGGUCCCAUGGACUGCCCCGAGGCCCUGUACCACCUAAUGAUGGACUGCUGGCAGCGAGAACGCAGCAACCGGCCCAAAUUUGAUGAGAUUGUUUGUCUACUAGACAAACUCAUUCGCAACCCCAGCUCAUUAAAAAAGCUGGUCAACUCCUCGCACAGGGUUUCCAACCUGUUAGUGGAGCAUGCCAGCGUAGAAGGGGACAGCCACACUCGGAGCCAGACCGUAGGAGAGUGGCUCGACUCCAUCAAGAUGGGCCGCUACACUGAACUCUUCAUGGAGGGAGGUUACUCUUCACUGGAAACAGUGGCUCAGAUGACGUCAGAGGAUUUGCGAAGAGUAGGAGUGAACUUGGCUGGACAUCAGAAAAAAAUUAUCACUAGUAUUCAGGAGAUGAGAGUCCAUAUGAACAACACUAACUCUACUGUAAACAUCUGAUGCUUAUGUACAGGCACACACACACACACACACACAGACACGCAUCCACACAUGCACACACACGAUAUAUGGACCUAGUAUGUAAUCAAAAGACUCGGUUGGACCUAGAGCGGCUUAGCACUUUCUGCGGACAAGGAAACCCAGUGUUCUAUGGAUCUAAGCUGGAGGAUCUGCAUUUCGGUGGUUCUUGUGUGUGGAGUUUGCUUGUGGUGUCAGUUGGGAUAUUUGACAUUGCAGCGCUGAAACCAAACUGAAGCGGACUGAGUGGUGCCACGUGGAAGGAUGGUGUCGACGGUGAGCUGAAAAACUGAACUUUAAGUGAUGCUUUUCGUUCUUAUUAUUCCAGUUGUGUGCAUUUUUGGGGGGGGAUUCUUACAUUCUUUGCACUGUUUGGAUUCUGCCAGAUCAAAAACAUGAAACAUAGAACCACGGAUCUGGCCCUGAGAGUCAACCAUCACUUUUUUGACUGAACUUUUUCCAACCUGCCUCAGGUGAGCUGAGCCCAGUGGAUCUGAACAGGCUUGUUCUCUAGAAGUACAGUUCCAUCAGGAGUCGUUGAACAGAACACCAUUCUCAGGCAGGGUAAACACAUAAUGGACCAAGAGUAAUCAUUACUCAGCCUUUGCCAUGUCCAUGUGCUUGGGUUUUUGUUUUCCUGUCUCUGGCAGGUCUUCAUGCCACAAAUCUGCAGCUACAAUCCAGGUCACAGAAGUUUCAGAUUCAUGUUCAUUUACUUUAUUAUCUUACAAAGCAAUGCUGGACAGUAGUCAUAAUACAUCCUUCAUUGUUUAAAGAUGCUGAAUUUUACAAUUGGGUCUCAUUGAACCUACAAAAGAAAAGCAAAAACAAAAAAAUGGUGUCAAGAUACAAAGCUUUAGGCAUUAAGAUGCUCCCUAAGGCUGUCCUUCUGGCUGAAUGUAUACACUGAUAGAAUGUGAAUACACAACCAUUCUGGUCCUUAAAACCAGCCUCUGAAUGAAGCCACAGAUUGUACAACAGAUUCAGCUGGCUUUCUAUCAGGUCUGCUCUGAAAAUCUGUAAGAAUCUCCACUAAGAUCUUUAUGGUUUCCUACAGAAGUCAGUCAACUCCAAACUAUGCAGAUUCUAAUUGAAAAUCACUUUAUUAACGGGACACUUCACGCACUCAGACUGCAGAGAAGCUUUGUGCAGGUUAUAGCGACCAGCAUCACACAUUCAGAUCACCUGCUUCACUUCACAGUCUAGUAGAUCUGUUUACUGGAACCUUCAUACGUGUUUCAGCCACAUUCUCAUGAACGUUCAUGUGCGUUCGGCAUUGGACAUUCGAAUUAAAAGCGCAUUUUCCAGUGAAAAUGUCACGUCAGAGGUGCCUCCAGUGGGAUUCAACUGGAACAAUCAAUCCAAUGGAGAUUCCAUUUAGGGGAAAUUCAUGGAAUGUUCAAUCAAGCUUCAUGGGAUGUUUUGCUCGUUUAUUAAUGGAACUGCCACUCACAUUCUCAUGGAAUGGAUCCCCCGGAUUCUAACGGGACUGUUUACCGGUAUUCCUAUGGAACCUUCACUCAGAUUCUAAUGGAACCCUCUGCAAGGAUUCCAACGCAGCCUUCAGUCAAGAGUGCACUCAGAUCGUCAUCGAGCCUUCACUUAGAACCAACAACCUUCAGGUACCCGCAGAAAAACCCUCAGCAAUGAGUUCAGCUUCACCACGCUGCAGCGUCUCUCACACACAUGUCUGCCACACCACUAAAAACCUCAAUCUAACAGGACUGCUGAAAACAAGGAGGCAAUAUACAACUUGAUAAUCAUUUAUUUAUUUAUAAUUGUUUGAAAAAAAAAAUAGCAAAAAUUCUGUGGACAGUUUGUGUUUUAUCAUGAUACUCUUUCUUGGACUACUGAGCAGCUCUGCCUACAUGUCUUUCAUGUAUAUAAUGUAUUAUAUAUUUAAAGCAGGGAGCAUUGUUCUUCUGUCUGCCAUCAUAUGGACUAAUUGGUAUUGAUCAAGCAUCUCAGAGUAGUACACAUUAGUAAAUAGUGACAAAUAUUCUAAAUCUGUGUUUUUCGCUGUCAGGUGGGGGCAACCAGCACAUCUGCCCCCAUAGAAAGGUCCCACAGAGGGUAUGCAGAAAGAGCAAAUAUUCAUCUUAUGUUGUUGGUGAUUGUGUUUCAUUUCAAGUUUUUGGUGCAAGACCUAGAAAUAUUUUUAAUGGCCCUAAAGAGACGGCGAGAAAUUGUCUCUAGAAGUAUGUGAGAAGUUUGCACAGGGACUGAUGUAUGGACUUCUGGUGUGUUUUAAAGGUAUACAAUGAUGUCAAUGAUUGCUUUACUUCUCCUUGGUAUGUUAUACGUCGCUACUCAGUGCUUUUUUGCUGAAACUUGACCCAUUGCACCGCUGUGUUUCACCUGAGCAGAAAGUUCUCACACUGUAUCUAAUCCUCUUUGCAGAAGACAUGCUAGUAUUUUUCUUGGUUCAUGUACUGCUAGUGCUGGGGCAUGAAGGUGGAAAUGAGAUUGUGAAGAUUUUUUUUUUUUUUUUUUAAAGAGGUGGUAUCACCUGACUGUAUGAAAAGAGUAGAAAAGCACACAAGAAGAAUGUAAGGUUCUAAAGAGGUUUUUUCACUAUUUUAAAGAACAUGUUUCGCUCUUAAACACUCAGACCCUCCUUGGAGUUCAAAAGUGAAAGGUGGUAGGAAUUUCACUCGUGGUAUUUCAGGUUUUCCACCUGCUGUCAGCCAUUCCUGACUGGUUUCAUGAAAUAAUGUAAGUGGGGAUUAAUCACAGUUGAUAUUGUACAUGGGUAUGAGUUUCUAAGAGUGGAAAUGUUCUACCAGAGUGAAAGAUAAAUGUCUGCACAGCCUCUUUAGUCUACUUUUAUCACUCUGGAGCUGUGGCUCUAGCUUGUACAUUAAUAUACUACAUAGUAAUUAUAAUUAUGGGGGAAAGUAGCCAUUUAGCAACUUUAGAUCUGUGGUUUUAUACCUUUUUAUUUCAAACCACAGGGUAUUUUUUUAAUAAAGCAUUUUUAUCUUCAAAAAUGCAACCAACUUUUUGGCAGUAAAGUAAAAAUACAUAUGUAGACUAUUGUGGCUAUGCAGAUAUUUCAAAUAGCAGGGGGAUGCAUCUGUAAUAUGAUGCAUAAUAUAAGGCAUGUACAGAGAAAGUAGUCACAUUGGGUGCUUUAAUUUUACCACCCAGCAACUUUCCAAUUGAAGUUUCCUCAGUCACACGAAUACUCCGAACAUUUGAUGAAGUUUCACAGUGUUUCUGAUCCUUAUUGGCUUUUUACAACCACACUUUUUCAGCUUAAUUUUACAAACCAAUGUCUGGGGCAUGAACAAUAGGUGACUAGUACACCCUUAUAAGUGCCUCUCAUGUUUUGAGCACCGUUAUCUCCUCCCCUGCCAAAAUGCCCCAACCGUGCCCCCCAACUUUCUGUAUAUUUCCUUCUUGCCAACAAUGUCUACAGGCAAUAAGAAGAAUGUCGGACAAUGUGUAUGUUGGAACUAAUUUAAUUUGCACUUUAUGAGAAAUCUGUUGCCCUUUUGUUUGACUAAAAUGUCUCCAGGUGAUUGACUUUUUAGUGUCAAAGUUUUUUCUUAAUUAUUUACUUGAUAAUUACUGUGUUCCCAGAUGCUGAUUAUAUCACUUCAUAUUCCCAAUGCUUCCCAUGAUGUAGAAUUUGACUAUUAAGCACAAAGCAUUGGUGAUAUUUUUAAAACGAAUCAAAGUUAUAUGAGCAUCACUGAUGUAGAGCACCAGUUUUCUUGUGUAUGGCACAAUGAUACACCUACAGAACGUAUGCACAAGGUUCGACAGGCAUCUUUUAGGACGGACGGCGAGUGAAUGAUGUAACUUUUUUAUUUAACAAGAGAUCAAUAGCACUAGCCCUUGAUGUCAACAGACUUCAGUCAGACGGAGUGUUUGUGGCAUUUUACCAUUACCACUGUUAAGUACAAAAGUGUGAAAACAGGUAUUGAUUUGUUGCCAUUGCAAACGACAAUAAAUAUACAGUUCGGCUGAUAGGUGUUAACUGUGCAACAAUAAUCUUCAUUAACUCAGAUGAUUUAUUCUCAGCACUUUUGCAACGACAUGAUGUUAUCUGGAGUCUUAUUUAACAGGAAGCUCUGACUGUCAGCUGGAACUCCAUCAGACAUACAGUGUUUGUGCAUGAGCCAAAUUUGUGGUGUCAAAUUAAGUUGCAUUUGGUGUAACAUCUGAAUCAACCCCAUUUGUUGUUUGGAAUGGAGUUUCAGAGGAGGUAAUCUAAUCUAUACACAUCAAUAUAAAUGGAAAUUUCCAUAAGAGGUUCUUGUAUUCAUGCACACUCGGGUUUGAUGGAAUUGGUUCCAUAAUAAAAGCACCGCAUAAACCGUUAGAUACCAGGUUUGAUUGAACUCUAGCAAAUGUACAAAAGCAAUACCUGAUAUUAUUAGCAAAAAUCAUAUUUGCAUACUCGGAUGUAUGGGAAUAUAACAACAAUAAAAGGUUGCACUAACAUCUGAAUGGAUUGAAGACGUGAACAUUCUGAAAAUACAGGUUUGGGUGUCUGAAAACCUCAUAAAUAAAUAAGUGGGUGGGGUUGUAUCGGGGGCAAGAGUUUUGGUAGUAAAAGUCCUAACAUUGUCCAUUUACUACCAGUACUAUUACUCUUUUUUGACUAGCUGCUUCAGCAUUUCCAGUCCAUAAAUGGAGUGAAAUUUCUUUCAGUUCAUCAGCUCAGACAAGGAGCAACUGUGCAAAUAAAGUCCUAGACAAAUGUACAACUCAUUUCUGGUUGCAGGCAUCUUCAUCAUAGCAGCAGCUAAUGAAGCUUGUAGGUAUUGUAGAAUUUUGUGCCAUAUGAUAAAUGACAUUGUGGGGAGGAAGCUGUUUCAUAAAAGCUACUGUGGGUUAAAGCAUAUUGAAGAGUUCUCUGACUCUCAAGUGUUUGUUGAGUAAUACUGAGACUUUUUUGUUAAAAGUAAAAAUGCAAAUUUGCAGUGGGAAAAACACUUCUCUUAGCGAUGGCCCCACCCACUUCACAACUGUAUAGUUAACUUCUCAGGAAGUGGAAAAUAGGUACAUUCAUUGGGUUGUCACACAUCUGGUCUGAGGGGGAAAAAAAGUGCAGCUUUUUACUCAAAGUGUUAUCUUAUAAAACAGGUGUGCGAUUAUUCGGAUUUCCCCAGGUCGAAGACGAUAAGCGACAUUAUCAGAAAGUCACGCAUAAGGUUUUGAAUAACUGUUUUGUGAUUCAUUGAAAGCACAGUAAAAAUACUUAGCUAUUGAUGUGCUAUUGGUUUGUCUUUGAGACUGUCAUGUAUUCUGUUUGUGUUGAUGUUUUUGUAGUGUGUUUUCAAAUUCUAUAUUUUUGCAAUAAAACUUGUAGAAAAAAAAAUCAA